AUGUACCGGAUUACGCCUCAGCUUAACGAAAAAAUUAGACAUUUUGCCCAGUUUCCUCAGACUGGUGUUUCACUGCGACAAAUGGUCUUAUUUGGGCAAAAUCCUUCUCCCGGGACACUAUUACGAGCAAGCCAAUUUCUGGCAGAGGAACUUCCGAUUCGACUUGCACAUCGUGUUAAAGAGCUGGAUGAGUUGCCUCAUAAUUUGAAUAAUAUGCCGUCGAUUGUUAAAGUUAAAAAUUGGUAUGCUCAAUCUUUUGAGGAUUUGAUAAAUUUCCCAAAAGCCGAUCUUCCUCGAAGUAUUAAAGAUAAAUUUGCUGCGAGUGCAUUGAAGGAGACGAAGUUACCUGAAAGCCGGCCAAAUUUAUCUGUAAAAUAUUCGUCUUCAAGUCCACCGAAACAUCAGGCAGUACCCUUAGAUCACAGAUAUUAUUCGAACAUUGAUGGUAUUGAUUGGCCUCCCGAAGUAUACCAUUAUAACGAAAAGUUCACUAAGUUAAUUGAAGCAAUUAAACGAAGACAUGAUCCCGUGGUGACAACAGUGGGCAUUAUGGAAUAUAAACAACAUAGAAAGUUGAUUGACACGGAUGUACAAGCUUUUUUAGAUCGAUUUUACAUGUCACGUAUUGGAAUUCGUAUGUUAAUUGGCCAGCAAGUGGCACUCAAUCGAUUAGCGUCACGGCCGGAUUACGUUGGCAUUAUUUGCACGAAAACUAAUAUCGCCGAAACAGUACAAGAAGCUGCAGAUAAUGCAAAAUAUAUUUGCGAAGAUUACUAUGGCCUUUUUAGGGCGCCCGAAGUACAACUUCAUUGUCCUCAAGAUUUGAUUUUCACUUAUGUGCCGUCGCAUUUGAGUCAUAUGUUAUUCGAAUUACUAAAGAACAGCUUACGUGCUGUUGUUGAGACAUUUGGCGAUGGAAAAGAUGAGUAUCCUCCUAUCAAGGUUAUUGUGGCAGAAGGAAAAGAGGAUAUCACAAUAAAAAUAUCUGACGAAGGAGGUGGUAUCCCACGAAGUAGUAUUCCGUUAGUAUGGACUUACAUGUAUACUACCGCUCAAGCUCAGGAGCUUGAUCCCAAUUUCAAUCAGUCUGAUUUCAAGGCACCUUUGGCAGGAUUCGGUUAUGGAUUACCAAUUAGUCGAUUGUAUGCACGUUAUUUUGGGGGUGAUUUGAAACUGAUUUCAAUGGAAGGAUUCGGCACAGAUGUCUAUCUUCAUCUUAAUCGCAUUUCAAAUAGCGAUGAACCACUACAAUAG